AUUGCUUCAGAUGUCUUUUUUCACAGAACAAGCAAAUUGUGUGUACUCUAUUUGGACUUUUUCCUCAAAUGUGGAUCACAGCACAAAAUGAAAGUCAGUUCCCAAUCUUUUAUCGAGUGACAGCAGUCGAUUUUGAGUGAAACUACAUUCGGGUCCAGGAAACCGUGGUAACCGAGGUAACCAGAACCAACUUUUCUGCACUUCAUAGUGAGUUGGUUGUUUACAAGUAGAAGAUGACAACAACGGAUCAGCCUGUCUGAAAACAUUCAGGUGCUACUGAAGAAUCAUGUGACCUUAACUGAUAUCAACUAAUAGGUGUGCCAAGGGUGUCAUAGGUAAGAAGUUGCCAGUCGUCACAGCGACAGAACGGCCUAGCUCGAAUUAUGAACAGGCCCAAUCUAACAACGCGGAAGAAAUCAAGUUCACAAGUCUCGAUUUACAACUCCUCAAAACGAUGUCAACAUCUGAUCUUCUGAGCAUCCUGUGUACAGUCUGAAGCCGUCCUGCCUCGGAGCCGCUCAACCCCUCCUCUUCCUUUCUGACGAAAAGAGCUGUCAGUUUCAGUCAAGUCAUCUGAAAACAAAAAGAAGAGGCAGACAAGAUGCUGUUUGGCUGCCGGAUAGCCGAGCCGCCGCCGCCGCCGUCGCUGUUUCUAAUGCUGCCGAUGUUGUUGCUGCUCCCGGCGGCUUGUCUGGCUCAGAGUGGAUACGGAGACUCUGACCUGGACUCCAGAAUCAGCUGCACCUCCCACAUCACAACAGUAGAAAGCAGUUUAACCUGCAAGCCAACCGGCAACGGGAGCGAGGAUGAUGAAGAUGAGGAUGACGGCGUGGAAUCGAUGACCGUGUGUUUCACCGACCUGCAAGUGAACAAACUAAGAUGUCUGACAGAGUCGGGAGGUUCGAUCACCUCAACCGAACUGAAUCCCCUGGCCGGUCUCAACUUGACCAUCCGCCUGAAGGGGGGCGCCAUCAUCCGGAAGACAGUCCAACUGAAGAAAAUUGUUAAACCUCGCAGUCCCGAGGUUUGGAACGUAACGUUGAAGCGCGACUCAAAUCAGGCUGUGUUUCACAUUCAGACUCCUUACCAGAAGGAGUACCUGAAAGUUCAAAAUCAGCUUUUCCAGCUGGUCAUUUGGAGUCCCGGCAAGAAAAUGGUUCGAAAUAUUUCCGGAUCAGAUACAAUGACCAUCGACAUGGAGCACCUGGGUAAAAACUUGAAAUAUCAGGUCAAAGUACGAGCAAUACCCUACGUUUCUUUCAAGGGGAGUUGGAGCGAAUGGAGCAACCCGUUGACCUUCUCCAUUCCUGAAGUGCGGACACAAAAUCACGAGAGAGAGAAAGUGACGAGUAAGCUGGUUGUGUGUCUUCUCUCUUUGUUGGCGCUGAUGUCCAUCUUGGGGUUCUUCUGGAAAAAAAAACUGUUUCCUUACAUGUGGCCCAGCAUUCCGCAUCCGAAACCCACACUGGUGCCCAACUGCAGGCCCAAUAAAGUUUCCCUUGUACUCACCAUAAAACCAGAAGAGUUCAGUACACUUAAAAUCUACCCAGUGGUGGAAACCAAAAGAAUCCUGGACGCAAUCCAUUGUGCAACUAGUGAUCUUACACUGGCCACUUAUCCCGGCUCCAGGCAAAACUUUGAUUGCAGCACCAGCACGGAAGAACUGGAGCUUUCCAUCUCGCACAACAGCAGCUGCUCCGACGGAGACGACAGUCUCCAGAGCGCCAGUUUGCCGCUUGUGGCGAACGCACCACUCAGUCCAGGAGACUCGACGUCCGGUAUGUUAGGAGCCCAUCAAAAGGAGGAGGGUUAUGUUACAAUGUCCAGUUUCUACCAGGUCAAGUAGGAGGGAGAAGAAGAAGGUGUAUCAGUUCGUGCGGAGUCAAAAAUGAAACCACUGACCGCCGUGUGUUUAUACAUCAACUUGCACAAUCAUGACACGGCACAUUUCUAAACUGGACCAUGUGACCAUUUAGCGUCAUGGCAGCCUGAGAAAUGUCAAUCUUCAAUGCGUUUCUGAUGGUUUUAUACUCUACAUGUGUGUUUUUUCUAACUUUAAUUGUGACUUUGGAGAUGACCAAUGGGAGCCUUCGUAAGGGGAGCAAAGCUGCUAUUUUCUGAAGUUAUUUCAGCAUGUUUCGCCAUGCUUCAUUAUAUCUGACGGUUUUGUUAUUAGGGUUAUUUGUUGUACAGGAUGUGGACAUAUGAAACAGGAUGUGUUGCUGCAGAAAUCGUAUUUGCUCAAAGCUGCAACGACCAUGUUCUUGCGGCUAGAAACAUGUUCAAUUAUAUAUAUAUCUGCUGCUGCUAAUGAUGUUUAUUGUGAUAAAUGUUACGGUAAUAAUUUUCAUUUCCUCUUUUUUUUUAGAAAAUUAUUUUAUUCUUUGUCACACACACAUGCACACCGUCACAUACGGGAAUCAAAUUCAUGGUGUCUGUACACACUCCACCAAUUUCCAUUUCUAUCAUUUAACAGACUGUGGAUUUAUGAUGUCACUGACACACCUUUUUGCUUUGUGACAUCACUAACCUCGCCUCCACAAUUUUCAAUUCGUCCCUGAAGUUUCUUUACAAACAAUUAUGCACGUAUGGCUGGAGAACAUCCACUGGUUUUCUCCCUUCAGCCGAGCAACAUAAAAAGGCUUGUGGCUGGACUUUAUCAAUGCAUGGAAUGUAUGCCUGUACCACUCCCAAAAUGUUAAUUUGUAAAAAACAUUUGAAGGAUGAUUGAGCAAUCUGGGACAAUACAAUUCUGGAUUAGCAAAACAUCUUUAAUUUUCCAUGGGAGCGAUACAAACUGUCUGACACUGUCCAAGUAAGUCUAUUUUCGAAGUUAUUUCCUUCAGUAUGUAAUAUAAUGUGACCUUUUCUGAAUUGUUUAUUAGCUUUGCAGCUAACAGCCCAGUUGAUUAAAAUGGUGAGGCCUAGCCAUCA